UCUUGUUCCUUUGCGGCCCCUCCUGGUAAUUGAGGACAGAUAGGUAAACAAGCCCAGCGUGUCUUUCUCGUCAGACGGAAAGAAACUCCUGUCGAAGUCGGUGCAAUUUAGCUCCACGUCUUUAUAGGUUUUCAGUGUCSAAGUCUACAGCUUUGGCCGAGAGCAAUGCAAUAAAUUGACGAUGCUUCUCAAAAGCCGAGCUGUCUUUUCACUUGGUCUUCGCAUGUGCUCCACACAUGUGACAACAGGACCAGUGAUUGAACCAGGAAGACCCAGUUCAGACAUGUCUGAAUUCCGAAAGGCCUUCGCUAAAGCCAAGAACAUAGCAAUCAUCACCGGAGCAGGUGUGAGUGCAGAGAGUGGCGUACCGACUUUCAGGGGAGAACAUGAGAAGUGGAGGAAGUGGCAUUCCCAGGACCUUGCUUCUCCAGAGGCCUUCUCUCGCAACCCGUCUCGGGUCUGGGAGUUUUAUCACUACAGGAGAGAGCUUGUGCUGGACAAGAAGCCCAGCGCCGUCCAUUUGGCCAUAGCCGAGUGCGAAGCUCGUCUGAAGAAGCAGGGGCGCUCGGUGGUGGUCAUCACCCAGUGCCAAGAUGAUUUGCACCGACAGGCUGGGUCAAAACAUGUGCUCAAGAUUCACGGCAGUCUGCUGGAGACACGCUGUAUGAGUUGUGGACAAGUGACCGUGAACAAGCAAAGCCCCAUAUGUGCUGCUUUAAAGAGCAAAGGAGCACCUGGCGCAAAUGUUUCUGAUGCACAGAUUCCUGUGGAUAAACUGCCAAGAUGUGAGGAGAGAGACUGCCGCGGUCUUCUGAGGCCCAAUGUCGUCUUCUUUGGGGAGACUUUGGACUCUCACAUUCUGACUAAUGUGGAAAAGGAAAUGGAACUCUGUGACCUCUGUCUGGUGGUGGGGACGUCAUCCAUUGUUUACCCAGCAGCCAUGUUUGGUCCCCGGGUUGCAGCCAGAGGUGUUCCGGUUGCAGAAUUUAAUAUGAAUACAACACCAAAAACUGAAUACUUCAUGUACCAUUUCCAGGGUCCAUGUGGAACCACGCUGCCUCCGGCUCUGGCACCACAUGAGUCAGAGGAAUUGUAAAAAUCGUUAGGCUGUUCUUAUUGGAUGAAAGUUGGUGGUUUCUUCUACAUCCUAAUACAAUCCAGAGCUGCUGUAUUUCAUCACAGUUUAUCAAAUAGCAAACUGCCCCCAAAAAAACUGAGUUUCUUUUUUUUUUUUUUUUUUUUUUUUAUAUUAUGAAUUUCUUAAUACUUGAAAAUCUUGCUUACAAACUGGAUUCGGAUUGGAGAACUUUUUUUUUUUUUAACAAAUAUUCUCUUCUUGGAAUAAAGGUGGGAAAAUGCAACUUCAUUAUGAAAGGGAAUGCACUCCGCAUUUACUUACUUCCGUAGGAAAUUAUCUUCCGUCUUCAGAUAAAAUGUUUAGAGGAGAUUCUUCUGUUAGUAGAAACAAUUAUGCUGUAGAAAGAACUAAUAUUCCUUCUUGUGCCAAUGGAUGGGAUUCCUCUGUUCCUUCGCUGUCCUAUGAACAGGUGUGCAGACAUCCUCUUGUGCCUUUUCAAGCUGUUGAUUCAACUUUGACCAAAUGCUUGCUUUUAAACCUCAAGUCCAAAUCAAGCAAUGUUACAGAGAUUUAGUCAAGUGUUUAGUUUACUAAAAAUGAUAAAGAAUAACCUACUCCUCAUUGUGUUUGACGGUGUUUGAUAUUAUGUCUGAAGUCAUCUGGUUGCAUGUAUGAUGUAUUCAGGAGACAUAAGAUGCAUUUUUAGUUUGUUCUGUCUUGUUUUCUCAAUCAUAUAUGGUUAGAACAACAAGCAAUAACAAGAUUUUUUUUUUUUUUACAUUUUCAUUGUCUAUGGACUAUACGCACAGCUACUUUUUAAAAGUAUUAAUACUGCCGACGCAUUUACACAAAGCAUAAUUAUUAAAAUUCUUCAGUGAUGCAUACUGA